CUGCCAUCCUCCCGCCUACUAAAAAGACCCAUGGGCAACAGAACACGGAAGCAGAAACGCUCGAGAGAGAACCUGGCAAUAGCAUGGGCUCAUAGGGAAUCUAACAAAAAACAAAAGACAUUGAACAUUGAGCAGGACGAAAACUCAAAUGGCAUGGCAACCAUGUUUUUUGGGACCCCUAUUGCAGCCUUCAGAAAUGUUGCAAAUGUCACCCAUCGUGCUUUCUGUGAAGAUGUGCCUGAUGAAAAUGAUGAGGACAAUAUGGUUGCCAUCCGCGGAUCAAUCAAAGCUGAUGCCGAGAGUGAUGAUGAAGCUAAUGCCAAGAUCAACGAUGAAGCUGAUGCCGAGAGUGAUGAUGAAGCUGAUGCUGAGAGUGACGACGAAGCUGAUGGUGGCACAAAUGGACAAGUUACAACAUUGAGCUGAGACUUGCCCCAAGUGUCGAGGAGGCCAGACAUGCCUACAUGGAUCUGCGAAUGUUACUGAAGCCACCUCGUCCAUAUGGU